CAUGAACAACGGGUGAGCUUGAGCUGUUGAUCAGAGCGGAUGAAGGUGGGACCGCCGACCGAAAAGAAGUAUAUUGGAAAAUGUGAAAGUGACGAGACAGCUUUUACCUCUUUUAUUUGAUCGGGACUACGAUGUAAAGAGAAAGCGUUGAUUUAUUGAGAUAUCUCAAGACAAGUAGUUUUGCACUUCCUAAUCGGUAUUGAGGUGUUGAAGCCCCACAUUUAGAGGGGCUAGCUGGCUGAUAUGAUUGAUUCACCGGAAGAAACCACCAUGUCUUAAACCGUGUCCCGCCCGCGGAAAACCUGUCCCCCCACCCCGGACCCCCACCCCCCUCCCCCAUCCACCCCCCUCUCCCCCUCCCAGGCCUGGCCCUCCCUGUCCAUGUGAGGGGCGUGGCCGGUUCCCCUCUACUCCCCUCCGGAGGAGACAUGAGUCUCCAGAAGCACCAGCAGAUGGGUUCGGACAGGGACCUCCAGUCCACCGCCUCCUCCAUCAGCCUGCCCUCGGUCAAGAAGGCCCCCAAGAAGAGGCGCCUGUCCCUGGCUGCCUUCUUCCGACGGCGCCGGGAGCCCAAGCGCAAGUCCCGCGAUCUCCACGUCGGGCUGGGAGGGGUGGACGGCAUCGCCAGCAUAGAGAGCAUCCACUCCGAGAUGUGCAACGACAAGAACUCCGCCUUCUCCGUGGCGGGGGCGGCCUCCACCUCCUCGGGAGGCUCCGCCGCCGCCGCCGGCCCCUCCUCCCCUCCCUCCUCGGGGCUGCUGGAGUGCCCCCUGUGCCUUCUGCGUCACUCCAAGGACUGCUUCCCUGACAUCAUGACGUGCCACCACCGCUCGUGCGCUGACUGCCUGCGCCAGUACCUGCGCAUCGAGAUCUCCGAGAGCCGCGUCAACAUCUGCUGCCCCGAGUGCUCGGAGCGCUUCAACCCCCACGACAUCCGCAUGAUCCUGGCCGACCACGCCCUCAUGGAGAAGUAUGAGGAGUUCAUGCUGCGCCGCUGGCUGGUGGCCGACCCGGACUGCCGCUGGUGCCCCGCACCGGACUGCGGGUAUGCGGUGAUCGCCUUCGGCUGCGCCAGCUGCCCCAAGCUGACGUGCGGCCGCGAGGGCUGCGGGACGGAGUUCUGCUACCACUGCAAGCAGCUGUGGCACCCCAACCAGACGUGCGACGCGGCGCGCCAGCAGCGGGCGCAGAGCCUGCGGCUGAGGACGGCGCGCUCCUCCUCCCUCAGCUACAGCCAGGAGAGCGGCGCCGCAGCCGAUGACAUCAAGCCCUGUCCGCGCUGCGCCGCGUACAUCAUCAAGAUGAACGACGGCAGCUGCAAUCACAUGACCUGCGCCGUCUGCGGCUGCGAGUUCUGCUGGCUCUGCAUGAAGGAGAUCUCUGAUCUGCACUACCUGAGUCCGUCAGGGUGUACCUUCUGGGGCAAGAAGCCGUGGAGCCGGAAGAAGAAGAUCCUGUGGCAGCUGGGCACGCUGGUGGGCGCCCCCGUGGGCAUCGCCCUCAUCGCCGGCAUCGCCAUCCCCGCCAUGAUCAUCGGCAUCCCGGUGUACGUGGGCCGGAAGAUCCAUAACCGCUACGAGGGUAAGGAUAUCUCCAACCACAAGAGGAACCUGGUGAUCGCUGGGGGCGUGACCCUGUCAGUCAUCGUGUCUCCAGUGGUGGCAGCCGUCACCGUGGGCGUGGGCGUGCCCAUCAUGCUGGCGUACGUGUACGGUGUGGUGCCCAUCUCCCUGUGCCGCAGCGGGGGGUGCGGCGUGUCGGCGGGCAACGGCAAGGGCGUGCGGAUCGAGUUUGACGACGAGAACGACAUGAACGCCGGCAGCGGGGCGGCGGCCACAGACUCCACCUCCGUGGUGGACUCCAGGAACAACCCCAGCCUGGGGGAGGGCAGUGUGUGCGGCCUGACGGGCAGCCUCAGCGCCAGCGGCAGUCACAUGGAGCGCCUGGGCACCAUGAGGGACAACCUGAGUGAGAACGCCAGCACCAUGGCCCUGGCCGGGGCCAGCAUCACUGGCAGCCUGUCAGGCAGCGCCAUGGUCAACUACCUGCACAGGCUGGAGGUGCAGGCGGACGUCCAGAAGGAGCGCUGCAGCCUCAGUGGGGAGUCGGCCACCGUCAGCCUGGGGACCAUCAGCGACAACGCCAGCACCAAAGCCAUGGCUGGGUCCAUCCUGAACUACCUGCCCCUGGACAGGGACGGCACCAGUAUGGAGGUCCAGGUGGACAUCGAGUCCAAGCCCGUCAAGCUCCGGCACCACAGCGGCAGCAGCAGCCUGGAGGACGCGGGCAGCAACGCGGGCCGCUGCUCGGGUUGGAGCUGCCCCUCCGGCUGCCCCGCCGAGGGCAGGGGCCCCCCCUCCGCCUCCUCCACCCCGGCAGCCCGCGGCUCCAAGGAGCCCUGUGCCUCGGGGAAGAAGAGCAAGGGCAAGCUGAGGAGGAGGAGCGGAGGAGGGGGAGGAGCUGGGGGAGGAGGAGGCACCAAGAUCAACGAGACCAGGGAGGACAUGGACGCCCAGCUGCUGGAGCGGCGCAGCACCAGCUCCGAGCUGGAGUCCCCCUCCCUCAGCGGCAGCCUGCCCUCCGUGGCCGACUCCCACUCCUCCCAGCUCUCCGAGUUCAGCUGCUGCGACCUGGAGAGCGCGAAGACCUCCUGCGGCCACGCCGCCCCCUCCGGCGCCGGCGACUACCACGGCCGCUUCGCCGCCGUCAGCCCCCUGACCGAGGUGGAGAACGACCGGCUGGAGAGCUGCCCCGCCCGGGCCUGCCGCUCCCCCGGCCCGCUCCCGCCCCCCCACUCCCCGGCCUCCUCGGCGGCCGGCGCCGGCCCGGAGACGGCGUCCUCGCCCCGCUGCCGGACGGAGGACGACGUGAGCCUGGUGGGUGCCGCCGAGACGGACUCCUGCUCGGACGAGCUGCUGAAGGAGCCCAACAACAACAACCACAGCAGCCAGGCCCCGUCCACGUGCGGCGGCAUCAAGAACCCCUGCAUCCAGACUGAGAUCUGACGCCCACAAAGUGCUGCCCCACGGACUCUCCACGUCAGUCCCCCACUUGUUCCCCCACGCUAACCGAGCGGCCCCACCGCAGCUUCGAAAGUUCCACCCUGGCGUCUUCAGGGCCUCGUCCCGGAGGGGAGAUGGCUCAUAUAGUGUUUGUCAGAGAGCUGACGUCGGCUGUGUCCGCUGACAGGACUGUCGAUGUGUUCUGUGUGAAACCAGAGAGUGUUCCUCCAACAGACAUGCCUGUGUUGAUGGUAGGAUGAUGAAUGCAGGUGUUUCCUCCAAAGAGCUCACAUUCCCACACCUUAAACUCUUUUGUAUUCAUCCAGCUGGCUACAGUCCUCUAUGAACCUACGUGGGUGAAGAAAACCACUGUGCCACAACUACGUUACCCAUAGUUCACUCGGGCUCUUCAGUGAGGAUAUAGCACCAUGCAGGAGUCCUAGACUCGUAAAAUUCUGUGGAACUUGAUAGGGACCAGGCAAUAUAGUUUGUUUUUUUUGCCCAAAUGGAAAUUUCAAAAUCGUUGGUCACUUUUGUUCAGUUUAAAUUUGUUGUUUCAUUUCUGGAUGUUUGGAAAGGAACCUGUUGUGAUACAGGAGUCUUGGUUGUAUUAUAUGGAUCUAUAAGGUAUUCUGUGGGAGUGUAGGAGAAUUCUCCUGGAGGGAUCGGUUCCCAGUCUGAAAGGAAGGGUGGGGGCGGAGGUGUGUGUAGCUGACCAGUGCUGGGAGCUGCCCUCACGCCCCGCUAGAAAGACUUGUCUCCAGGACUAUUGGGGGGGGGGGGGGGGGGGGUCAUGUUUAGUUAUUUUGAUAACCAAUGAGGUUGGUCAAUUCUGUGAAAUUGGUUAAACGUUUUUUUUUUGUUUGACGUUCGUUGAGUUCAGUUGCAGGGUUCUGACUUUGCCGAAUCCAACCAGAACUUUAUCUGUGUUAACUCAUGGUGCCUUGGGGAAAAAGAAGCUGUUUCAGUCAGUGUCUUCAAGACUUCAAGCUAAUGAUUUCAGAAUGUCUGUGUGUCCGUGGCAGGUGUUCGCUCAUACACUGUGGUAGACGUGAUAAAUCAAUACUUUUUCAAUUGCCUACCAAAGACAGCACUCAGGCUCUUGUUAACGUAAAUCCUGUCAACCCGUUGAUGUCCGACCGCCAUCUUGAGACUCAAUAAUGGUGCAUCGUCCACCCCUCCCCUGUGAGGGGGGACGGGG